AUGAAUUUGAGUUCGGUUUAUCUCGUUCUUUGCCUCUUGUCCUCUGCAUAUUCCGCUGCAAUAUAUCCCCGUCAGACACCAUUUAGGGGCCUACGCGUAAAGGUGAUCAGUGUCGAGGUCACUUAUACGGAACAGUGGGCUGGAAUUGGCAACAUUUUACACAAGGCCAUUAUAGACGGUAUCAAUGCUCAAUGUGAAGAAGUGGAAGGCAUCAAAUUCAGCGAAGUUAAAGAUAGCAUGGUUAAAUGGGUCACAGGUACAGAGAACAAAUUUAAGGUGGUGACGGGGGGUACUGAGUAUAAUGGCAAACUGGAUGCGCAUAUGGCAAAAUAG